AUUAAAACUGAAUCAACUACUACCAGUACUACUCAUAAUACUACCAACAACAACAAGAACAACAAACUGUCUACUUAUGAUCAAUCACCUGAAUGUUUACUACCAUCAUCAUCCCUAUCAUUCGAUAUGGUUGAUGAACAUCAAAUUGGUAAAUUUCCAACAUUAAAUAAUCAUAUACUACGCUCGUAUGCAUCAUCAGUUGCAGAUAUACUGAUGUCUCCAAGUCAUAAACAUCGUUUGUCUAAUUCUGUUGGCAAUAAUAAUAAUAAUAAUAAUAAUAGCCAACAAUCAAUAUGUAAUGAUGCUUCAACGUUAUCCACGCAUGGUUUAUGUACAUCGUCUUCAAUAAAUCACUUUUAUCAUAAUGUUAUUUCACAAUCAGAUAAAAUUAGUCGACAUAUUAUAUCACCACUAUCAGGCAAUGUUGAAACUUCAUCAUCACUAUCAUCUCAUAGUUUAACAAUGAAUAGUCCGAUUGGUUGUAUGUCUACACCGAUUAAACGAGUUGUUCCUUUAUCGUCUCUCACUAAUACUAUGAAUACAGAUGCUUUAAAUAAUUUGAAUAAAUCCAGUCUUAUGAAUUCCAAUAUAUCCAAUGGAAAUAAUGCGAAAUCAGUGAAUCGUUGUUUUGUGCAUGCACAUCAUCAGUUUGCUGAUCUGCAGCGCAAUGGAAUGGCUCAAGCUAAUUGGGAUUUUGUUGACGCAUUACUGGAAGAAUGCAAGCAUAGGACUAAACGAAUGGUCCUCAAGAAAAUUGGUCAAGAAGCAAUUGAAAUGGGACAUUGUGAUCCAAAUAUUUCUGUAAUUGAAGAAAAUACACUAGUUUCUGGCUUAUGUGAUCUACUGGAACGUAUAUGGUCUCAUGGUCUGAAUAAAAAAACAGGUAAAUCAGCUUUAUGGUCACACUUGGUAUUGUAUGCUAAACGUGUUGAAUUAAUGAAACAAACCAAUAAAGAAUUGGCAAUAAAUGACUGUGAAUUGCUCACUCUUGAAUCAUCACCACCUACGCCAUCACCGUGUAGUAGUUCACCUCAUAUAUCUGAUCUGCAUCGUCGUGUUAAUGUAGGUAGUGUGAAUUCUCGCCUACCGUCGGAUCUGCAAACAUUAUCACCUGAUUUACAACAAAAAUCAUCUCAAACUGAUACAAAAUAUUCAGGUUGCAGCUCAUUAAAACGUGUUCGCAAGUUCUCAAAUGAUGCAGUAUAUAUGACGGAAUCUAAUCAGUUGUCUAAGACCACUUCAUCUCCUUACCGAUCUGUACGUUUUCCUUGGCAAGAUCCAAGCUAUUCAUCCACUACAUCAUCGUCAUCUACCUUUUCACCAAAAUUAUCAUCCGGUUUGACUGGUUGGAGAAUGAAACUUCAAAUGUUAAACGUUCGUGGUUCUUCUAAUCGUUCUCAAAGUGCUUCAUCUCGACCACAAGAUUCGAGUUCAAAUUCAUUUCGUCCAGGUCAAUCUUCUAACAACAAUAAUACUGAAAGCAGUAACGGUGUUGGCAAUGUUGUCAGUGGACCACUCAUUUCGGCUGACCCAUGUGGUGCUGGAAUGGUUAUAGAUUUACGUAAAAUAUUUGGGUCACAAUUUAUUGAACAUUCUUUAAUUAAUGAUAUUCAUUCAAUUCAGUCGAUGAAAAUUGUUAAAACAGAUAUUGGUUUCGCCAGAGCAUUUGUUCGUUUAGCUUUAGAAAAGAAGUUGUUAUCUGCCCAUCUUACUUGUCUUUUAAUGGAUACUAAACUUUUAAGGCAUUUAUACACAAGAUAUGCUUUCUUACGAUGUGAAGAAGAACGUGAACAAUUCUUAGUACAUUUAUUAUCAUUAAAUGCUGUAGAUUAUUUUUCAUUUACACGAAUGAUUAAUCAAACCGAAGUUAUCUAUGAAAUAUUUAUAUGCAAUGGUCGAAAACAUAGUAGUGGAAUAACAUCGACAGCAAAUGCAUGGAUUAAAAUUCAUGGUCAUUUUGGUUCAACUCAAGUGAUCAGUAUUCCACAUGGUCAUAAUCUUAUUCAAAUCAAAAAUCGUAAUCUUGGUUUAUUGUCCACUAUACAAAUUGGACAUGAUAAUUCUGGUUCCGCGCCAAAAUGGUUUAUUGAAUUUAUUCUUGUCUAUAAUCGUACAACUAAUCAUUUACAUUUAUUCCCAUGUUAUCAUUGGUUUGGUUUGGGCAUUGAAGAUGAUGCAUUAGAACGUAUUCUGAUUGGUGAACAAAUUCGUAUUGCAUCGAAUGAUCCUUAUUUGCUUUUCACAGCUCCAACAUUAGAUCCUAUUGAAUGUUCACAAAAUUUACCGAAUCGUUGUCCAUCACCAUCUUUGUCAAGACGAAACUCGGAUCAAAAAAAUUUAAACUCUGGCAUAAUCCAUGAACGAGUGGCUAGUGCAGUGAAUCGAUUACUAAAAUUCUUUUGUAAAACAAAUCCUGCUAAUACAAUGACAACUAGUUUAACAUCAUUAUGGUGCGGUGAACAUGGUCUUGUACCAGCUUUACAUUUAGUUUUUACUUAUGCAUUUCGUUCAAGUCGGAUAUUUCAACGAAAAAUUUACGUAUGGGAUUAUUUAGAAAAAGUCGCAAACGAUUUUUCAGUGGAACUUCAACUAACUAAUCUCCAGCAACAACAAGAAGAGAUGAAUUUCCAUAUGUCAGAGCUACAAACUCCUACUAGAAUAAAAUAUUUACCAUUUUCUACACAUAGUCUACCACGUUCAUUAACAUCGAAACAUAAUCGUUAUGGUCAAGGAAAUAAUAACAAUAAUAAUAAUACUAAUAAUAGUAAAUAUGAACAAUUAUCAACCUCGUCAUCUAUCAUUAAACCGCAUGGAUUACUGCCGCAUUCACCAUCAUUUUCUGCGGUGAAUGAAACUUAUUCACUACAUAAUAAUAGUCAAAAUGAACAAAACUAUGCCAAUACACGUUUGAAUUUAUUCUCAUCUUCACAACCUGCUUCACCUGCAUUCUCUCGUUUAAUUCCAACAAAUAAUACUAUGAACUUAGCACAAAAUAGAUCUACUGAUAUUUCAAUGAAUAAUAGAUUAGCUUCAAUGUCAAAUCAUGUACAACAAACUGCAUUACAAUUUGUUAUGUGUGUACAAAAUAUUAGUAAUCAUAGUAUGACACUGGGUAAAAAGGGUAAAUUUCAGCGUUUUAUUUGUCAUGCACUUCGUGAUCAUCUACUCUCUGAUUGGUUAUCCAUAUUGGCAAUUAGUCCUAUCACGUAUCAUAUGUAUGAACCAAGAAGUUUUUUAUUGAGUCAUGAUUUAAGACAAAUUAUACAAGAUUUGUUAACAUCAUUGGAUGAAUUCAAUUUAAUAUUUGAACCUGCUCUACUUGGUAGUGAAUGUUAAAACUAUUUUAUACUUCUAUAUAUAUAUAUAUAUAUAUAUAUAUAUAUAUAUUUAAAUUUUGACAUGAUUAUCAAGUUACAGUCUAUUCUCAUUAUUUAUUCUUCUGCGAAUUUCGUUCUCAUAGAGAAUCUAUAGUAAGUAGGUAAAAACGCGCUUAGUGUUAUCCGAGUAUGGAGGAAACAGUGAUUAUACUGAGAAGAAAUGAACACUUCCACUCGCGUAUAUUUUUACUAACUUGAAAAUGUGCAUAUUCUUGUCAAUUUCAAAACUGGAUGUUUUAUUCCUAGUUCACAUAUUUGGAUAAUUUAUUUCUUAUUUCCCUCUGUAAAUUAUCAUCAUAAUUAAUUUUUAACUAUUACGUAAUCGGCAUUGCCAAUAAUUAUAGUAUCAUUUACUUUUUCUUUUACAUAUCUUUGAUUUAUUUUUCAUAAAAAUUUUUUUUGAAAAAAAAUUGUACACAUCCUUUUGUUUUUCGUCGGAUCGUGUUCAACUAGUACAACAAUAGAAUAGCUUCACGACACCUAUUAUUUCUUCGACGUAAGUCGUUAUGUCUAUUCUAUCUAGACAGGAGGCGAUAUGAAAAGCCGACAGAUACACUCAAUGUCAAUGUCACUCCUUCAUUUCAUAGCAUUAAUUGUAAUGAUAAAAUUUUAUGAGGGAAGAAUAACGGAUUUUGUUAUUUGUUGGACGGCGGAUGAAACCAAUUCAUUCUAUAUCUCUGAUGGUCUAUGCACCAGUAUUUUUUUUCCUUUUAAAUUAAAAGUUAGAAAACUUAAAAGAUAUUCAUGUUGUACAACAACGACAACUAUUUAUUCGUGACAUCUUACAUUUGUAGCCGCGUACUCAGACUCAUACACACACACAUAGAACACUUGACCUAAUUUAAUUUAUGAUAUGUUUUUUUUUACAUUUUUCUAGUCAAUACUCUAUUAUCAUUACUAUAUUUUAACAUUUACUAAAAAUACAUGAAAUAUAUAUAUUUUAAUUUUAUAUUUAGCAACAAUAGCAGCAUGAUUUAUUUUGUGUAUUGUCUAAUUUCUUCUUGUUUUCUGGAACUUUUUUUAAUGAAAUUUCAGUUUUGUUUAUUUAAAACAAGUUCACAAUAAUAAUUCACUUUGAAAUAAAUUCAGUGGAACACUUCACUGAAACAAAACAACCCAAAAUUUUUAAUUUAUUGAAUUAAAAAUCGUUGUGGUACUUUUUGAUUCAGUAGUAUCAUUUUUUUAGUCUAC